AGAAAACCUACGUGCUGCUCCCCGCAACACUGACGCCUGGUAAAGAAAGACUUCCGCUUCCCACCACUGAACGAACACCGGAAGGACGCAGCGCGGCGUUGCCUUCUAUACGAGCAAAGCCACGUGUGUUGCCCUCCACGACAGGCGAUGCACUGGAGAAAAGAUUACGUUGUGGUGUUGUUCAUGUGUCUUUAAAAAUUAUAGGAAUACCAUAAUAUCAUUCUAGCGACCUUGGACAGCAGUGCAACAGGCAAAAGACGUAACUGAGGAGCAGGCCUGCACGAGCCUCAUGUUGUGCUUUGGUGUUCUAUGUGCCCGGUUCUGUCUGCUGCGAGUAAUUGUUCAUGAUACGCUGAAUGUUUCCACCAAACUAUUGAUCGCCUGUGUAAAGCCCUGCCCACACCAGUAACAUUGUUUUGAAACAAAGUUUGUAAACAGUUUGGAAACAGUUUCCAAACAAUUUACAAACUGUGCGCGCGGCGGAGGGUGCUGAAUCAGUACCCGCGCGAGGCUUGCAGUGGAAGCACUAUGUGGUCCACAGAAAAAACUCUAGGACUCAUUGAGUUGCUUCACUCAUCCCCAGUACUGUGGGAUGCAUCCUGUGUGGAUUAUAAGAAUAAGUUGAAGAAAGCGGACGCCGUGAGGGAGAUUGCUAAUACACUUUCCGUGGACGAGAGUGAAAUAGAAAAGAAAAUCAAGGCCCUCAAAGUACAAUUUAGAAGGGAGCAUUUGAAACUUACUUCACUGAAAAAAAGUGGAGCUUCCCCGAAGAAGUAUGCAUGGUUUGGUUACAAGCCACUCCUGUUUCUGCUGCAGGGACGAGGAGCCAGAGGAAGCCAGCUAACAGACGCGACGAAGAGACAGAUUGCUGAAGUUGAUUUUGAGCAAGAGACUGACGCUGCAACGAGGAGUGCCCCCCACCAGGAUGACGCACCUCAGAGCGCCUCCAAGCCCCGCCCUUCCUCGACUAACAAAAGAAGUGAGGGCAAAGUGGACGAAACAUUUCAGAUGAUGAAGUCUUUAGCAGAACACACCAUUGGACGAGACGAGUACCAUGUGUUUGGGGAGAACGUGGCCCAUAAACUGAGGAACUGCGGGAGGAGUAGACGUGAGGUGUCAUUCGCACAACACAAGAUCAAUGAGAUAAUCUUCAACUUGGAAAUGGGUUGCUUCGGAGAGGACACAAAUCAAUUUCCUGAAGCACAUUUCAUAUUCAGGAAGUAAGUCUUCAGCAUUGUCAUUGGUAGUAUCGCAGGGCAUCCCAUAGGAUUUCUCAAGCGCCUCUCCUUCUUGCUGUUCUCGUUCGCCAAGCAUUUAUGUGGUAAUUAUGAAUAAUGAUACCAACAUACACGUGGUUUUCUAUUAAGAACACCUGUGACGAUAAAACUACCUUAGUAUUGCUUCAAUGGUCAAUAAUGUAUGAGAGAGAGAGAGAGAGAGAGAGAGAGAGAGAGAGAGAGAGAGAGAGAGAGAGAGAGAGAGAGAAUACAUUUCCACGAUGUAUACUUCUUGUCGUUAAUUACCAUGACUUAGUCUUUGCGUGGUGAGAUCAGAGCUUCACAGUUCACGCUCCUCAGGAACCACAGAUUGUCUGCUUGAAUAUCCUGAGGGUGUACAUGGGGCUUGUGAGCGAAUCUCCACUUGCCAAAUAUCUC